AUGGGCGACCUACUGACUGACUGCCGCCGGACUGUGCGUACAUUGAACUUUGCCGACUUCCUCCACGGUGAUUUGAGCAGGCAGGACCUCUUUUGCCGGCAUCUCGUGGAAUGCCUCAGCACCGUGGGAUUCGUGAAGCUCGUCAAUCACGGACUCAGCGACGAGGAGCUGCGUCAAGCGUUUGAAUGGAACAGGCGAUUCUUCUCGCUCCCCCUCUCGGCCAAGGCCAAAGCCGCGCAUCCCCACGGGCCAAACCCGCACCGCGGCUACAGCUACGUCGGGCAGGAGAAGCUGUCCAAGGUCAAGGACUACGAGAAGGGCAGCCGAGACGCCGUCGAGGUGCAUGACGUAAAGGAAUCCUUUGACCAGGGCCCCGCGCGCGACGAGCUCUACCCAAACAGGUGGCCAGACGAAGAGGAUAUCCCGAAUUUCCGAGCAUUCAUGGAGUCUCUUUACGAGCGCUUCCACCACAUCCACCAGGAGAUCCUCCGGGCCCUAGGACUCGGACUCGGUCUUGGCCCAGCAUUCUUCAGCGACAUAUGCGACCAGAACGCGUCAGAGGUGCGCCUCAACCACUACCCCGGGUGCGAGGAGUCGGUCCUGCGGCACGGCGCGAGGCGGAUAUCGGAACACACCGACUUCGGGACCGUCACGCUGCUGUUCCAGGACGCCGUCGGCGGCCUGGAGAUUGAGGACCAGGACGCGCCGGGGCAGUACUUGCCCGUGCCGUUUGAGGGCGCGUCCGAGAUGAUUGUCAACAUUGGUGACUGCCUCCAGCGCUGGUCCAACGACAAGUUCCGCGCCACGAGCCACCGCGUCGUCCUGCCCCCGGGGUCCGGCGGCGCCUGGGUCCGGGACAGGUACUCGGUGGCUUAUUUCGGGAAGCCGAACCGCUCGCAGCACGUAGGCACGCUGCCCGAGCUGCUGCCGCGCGGCGCAGAGCCCAAGUACGCCAGCAUCACGGCGUGGGAGUACAAUCAAAAGAAGCUCAAGUUGACGUACUAG